GGCACAGUUAGACAUUUUCCCAAAAUCAAACGAAAGACACAACUGAGCAAGAACCGCGGGAAUCCGGCGUUUACCUUUGAUCAUUCUCUCUACCUUGCUCUACAUUUUACAUUCUAUAUUUAGUAUCUAGAUAACCAUGUUGGCCAUGGGUGGAUUACAUUUGAAGCACGUCGUGGUAGCAGCGCUGUUCUCCGUGCUGGUCACACUGACGCUGGGGUCCCCGGUGCUGGGGCCAGAGCCGAUCCGAUGCGCCGCGUGUACUCCGGAGAAGCUAAGCCAGUGUCCAGCGGUGGCGCCCGGAUGCGCCGAGGUGCUGCGGGCGCCCGGCUGUGGAUGCUGUCCCGCCUGCGCCCUGAAGGCAGGAGAGCUGUGCGGGAUCUACACGGCGCCAUGCGGCUCCGGACUGAGGUGCACUCCGAGACCCGGCGACCCCCGACCACUACACUCCCUCACCCGCGGACAAGCCGUGUGUACGGAGAGCACUGAGCCCGAGCCCACCCCGGAGCCCCAGACACAAGAUCAGGGAGAGCCAGAAACGGAGAUGGAGAACGCAGCCAUCAUCUCGGACCCCGGCUCCAGCCACUACCUCCCCGGUCACCCUAAGCCCUACGACCCGAGGGCGGCUGCCGACGCUCAGGAAAGCAUGAAAGCCAAACUCAUCGCCAUCCGCAAGAAACUGGUGGAGCAGGGGCCCUGCCACCUGGAGCUGCAGACAGCCUUGGAGAAAAUUGCCAAAUCUCAACAGAAAUUAGGAGACAAGUUAACCAGAUUCUACCUCCCCAACUGUGACAAACACGGGCUUUACAAACCCAAACAGUGUGAAUCCUCUCUGGACGGACAGAGGGGUCGAUGCUGGUGUGUGAAUUCCUGGAACGGCAAGAAGAUUUUAGGUUCAACUGACCUGCCUGCAGAUGCCGAGUGCCCUUAAAGAGAUCAACCACUGGAGCAGAUCUCACAAAAAAAAAGAAGAAGCAAGCCACUGAUUUUUCCUUUUUGAUAGCUGUUUAUUUAUUGAUCUUGUCCAUGGUGGUGUUUAAUUCAGGUACACUGUCAUUGCGGGACUGUGGGCCCCCCUCCUCCCUCACCCCUUCAAACACCCGUCCCAAAGAGAGAGAAAAAAAUCUAUUUUUGUUUUUCUGAAAAGGAGAUUUUAAUAUUGAUGCAUUUACUUCUACUCUUCAGCCUUAUUUAUUUCAAUUUUAUUGCAUUCUAUUUGUUAUUUGUAAUUAUUUCAUGGGUAUUUAUAUCUUUUUUUUGGCCUUAUUGUUAUUAUUAUAUUAUUAUUUUUAUGCAUGUAUAAAGUGUAAAUAUGUAUCUUGGCCCUGACUAACUCCACUGCUGAGUUGAGCUCGCUCUACCCUUAAGGAGUUUUCUGGAGGUUUGGUUUGAGACAAACCAAGCAAGAACAAAAGCACUGAGUGACCAAAUGCCAUUUAGAAGUAUUUCUAAAUGUUGUUUUUAUGAUUUAUUUUCAUGUUGUUGCCAUUGUUAUGUCUUCUUUUAUGUUGUUGUCUUUUUAUUUUCUGAUGUGACACAUCAGCUCUUGUCAGUGAAUGCAAAACUCUCAGUCUUGAAUCCUCAAACAGUCUCAGAAAACAUUUCCCAUGGUUCCAUGGGGUUGCAGAUAGCAUGACAGGCGGUGACUCCCAGCGUUGCCUCUCAGACGGGUAUUUCUACAUUUACCUACCUCCAAUAUUUACAUGUCUGCUGUCAUUUGUGUUGAUGUAUCUGUCAAACAAAAAGACUUGCUACUUUACUUUUAUGUUGCUGUUCUCUCUGACCAAGAACACAUGACCACAAAGAGCGAGUCCUGCAGUGAACCACGUCGGCUCAGCUCCAUCUACAUGCUGCUGUUGGAGAGAGAAUUAUUGUUUAUGUGAGUCUAUUCCAAAGUGACAAACUGCUCACUCGUGUGUAUGUACACUUUUGUAAUUGAGAUGUAAUGUAAGAAAAAAGGUGAUAUAUUUAAUAAAAACAUUAACCUCA